AUGCCAAGGGUUACAGCCCUGGCUUCUGGUGAAAAUCAGCCGUUGAUUGCAAUCGCCAUUCCUAAUAAGAUUAUGUUCUGGAAUAUUAUUGAAAAUAAUUUUGUAGGAGAAUUUGUAUUUUCGGAGAAGGAUGCCAAGGCAGUUGUUGAGAAGAAAGAAGUAGGUGUGUUUAGUAGUCCAACAGGCACUGGUAAAACACUCUCACUUUUAUGCACAGCCAUGAAUUUUAUACAAAAUGACGAGACAGACGAUUUAUACUCAUUACUGAAUAGAAAAUCACGGACCAAAAUAUAUUAUUGUUCCAGAACCCAUUCCCAGCUGAAUCAGGUAAUUAAUGAGCUAAAAACAAAUAGGUUCAAUUACAAAACUGUAAUUUUGGGUUCUAGAUCGGUUUUAUGCAUUAAUGAGAAGAUUGACACUAUAAAAAUGGGAAUUGAUGCAAUUAAUGACAAGUGUAGGGAGUUACAAAGAUUGAACAAAUGUGAGUAUCGUUGCAAGAGUAUUAGAAGUCCCGAUGAUCUAUAUUACAGUAAUCUGAGCAUGGAUAUAGAGGAAAUUAGGCUUGAGGGCAAAGCAAAUAAAUUUUGUCCAUAUUACUACUCAAAAGAUAGAGGUGCUGAGUGUGAGAUUGUUCUUCUGACCUACAACUUAUUAUUUACUAAGGAAGGUAGACUGAGCGCUGGUAUAGAUCUAGAAGACAAAAUAUUAAUUGUGGAUGAAGCACAUAACAUCCAUGAGACCAUCAUACAGCUGAAUUCUGUAGAUAUAAAGUGGAUUGAAAUCAGAAGAAUAUUAUAUUCGAAGGGAAUUUCUAAAGAAUUAAAAUUAAUUAUAGAAAGACUUUUGGAAUUCUAUAAGAGGGAGUUUAGUGAUAAGAAAGGUGAAUUCAACAGGGAAUCAAGGACAAAUGAAAAAGUAUACAAAAUUUGUAAGUUUUUAAAAGAAACAAAGCUGAUUGAUUUCAACAUGUUAGAGAUUGAUGAAUAUAUUCGAACUCAAAGAAUUGCACAGAAGAAUGAUUUAAACUCCAUCUUUGAAUUUUCUAAAUUUCUAAAACUACUAACUUUUAGCGAAGACAAUUCAAUCGUGGUUUCUAAUCAAAAUUUUAUUAGAUUCACACCAUUGGAUCCAAAAUUAUACUUUGAAGAACUAAAAAAAUGCAGAUCUAUUUUGUUUGCAGGAGGUACCAUGGAGCCAGUCGAACAAAUACAGCAAAUCUUCCCUGAGUUGAAGUAUUUUAGCUAUAACACCAUCAACGACAGAUUUCUACCACUUAUAGUACCUGAGACAGUUAGUAAAAAGCCCAUAUCAUUAACUUACUCUGAAAGAAAUGAAUUGAUCGAUGAUGUUAUCAACACUUUGAUUACCCUGACAAACCCUAUUCAAUCUGGGGGGAUAGUAGUUUUUGUACCUUCAAAGCAGUAUCUUUCGAUGAUCAGAAACAGUUCUAAAGUGGUGUAUUUUAAGAGAGAUAUUCUAUUUGAAGAUCAGUCGACGCUUGAUCAGUUUAAAAAAUCACCAAAUAUUUUGGUGGCUGUGAUGGGAGGGAAGCUCAGUGAGGGAAUAAACUUUUCUGAUGAUCUAUGCCGACUGCUUAUCAUCAUGGGCGUGCCCUAUCCCACCAAGACUGUUGAAUUUGAAGAGAGGAAUAAAUUCAAUCCAGAUUAUGGAACCAAUGCUGCAAUGAAGUUAGUAAAUCAGGCCCUUGGAAGGGCUGUAAGACAUAAAGAAGACUAUUCUGCUAUGGUUUUAUUAGAUAGUAGAUAUUUGUGUUUAAAGGCAAAGCUUAGCCCAUGGAUUCUCAAGCGAAUAGCCGUAGCGAGCUGUGUGGAAGCAAUGGUCAAAAUAAAAACAUUUCUUACAUCUCAGAGUUGA